CGACCCGAGCGCCGCCCGCGGCCCGAGCCGGUCCCGAGCCGCCGGCCGGCCCGCGCCGUGUCCGUGGGCGCCGUGUCCGUGGGCGCCGCGCCCGGCCGGGCCCAUGUGCGUGCGGCUAGCCCCAGGUCGCCCGGGCUUCGCCUCCGCCAGCGCCCUGGCCUCCACCCGGGCCUCCGAGGAGCCGCCGCGACGCCCGGCCCGCGGGGCAGGGUUGUGCGUUCAAGCCCCGCAGAGCGGGGGGACAGAGCGUUCCAGGUUGAGGGGACAGCACGUGCAGUGGCCUUGCAGUGGAUCUUCUCUAGGAACCUAGGUGAAGAGAUUAUAAAUCUUCCACUGAAUGAAAAAAUCUUUCUUAAAGUUGCAUAUAGUCCAAGAAAAAAAACCCAAAUGUUUUUAUAUUUUGUUUGAAUUCAAACAUAAACAAGUUUUCAUAGAAGCUUCGUGGCCGUCACCAUGUUCUGGAAGUUUGACUUGAACACCACGUCCCAUGUCGACAAGCUGCUGGAUAAGGAGGACGUGACAUUGCGCGAGUUACUGGACGAAGAUGAUGUCCUACAGGAGUGCAAGGCUCAGAACCAGAAGCUGCUGGGCUUCCUCUGCAGGCAGCAGUGUAUGGAGGAGCUGGUGAGCCUCAUCACACAGGACCCACCUCUGGACAUGGAGGAGAAGGUCCGCUUCAAGUAUCCAAACACAGCCUGUGAGCUGCUGACAUGUGACGUGCCACAGAUCAACGACAGACUAGGAGGGGAUGAGACUUUGCUGAACCUUCUUUACGACUUCUUGGACCACGAGCCGCCUCUGAAUCCUCUGCUCGCCAGUUUUUUCAGCAAGACCAUUGGCAACCUCAUUGCAAGAAAGACUGAACAGGUGAUUCUGUUCUUGAAGAAGAAGGACAGGUUCGUCAGUCUGGUGUUGCAGCACAUCGGCACCUCGGCCCUCAUGGACCUGCUGCUGCGCCUUGUCAGCUGCGUGGAGCCUGCUGGGCUCCGGCAGGAAGUCCUGCAUUGGCUUAAUGAAGAGAAGAUCAUCCAGAGGCUGGUGGAGCUGAUCCACCCAAGUCAGGAUGAAGAUAGACAGUCCAACGCCUCUCAGACUCUCUGUGACAUCGUCAGGCUGGGCAGAGAGCAGGCCAGUCAGCUGCAGGAGGCCCCGGAGCCAGACCCCCUCCUCACAGUGCUGGAGUCGCAGGACUGUGUGGAGCAGCUUCUGAAGAACAUGUUUGAUGGAGACCAGACUGAGAGCUGCCUCGUUAGUGGGACUCAGGUGUUACUUACCUUGUUGGAAACAAGGCGGGCUGGGACAGAGGGCUUGGUGGACUCCUUUUCUCAGGGACUGGAAGGGCUGUGUACCGUCAGCAGCAGCAUACUGCACGGCAUUGAGCCACGACUGAAGGACUUCCACCAGCUUCUACUCAGCCCGCCAAAGAAAAAAGCGAUCCUGACCACCAUCGGCGUGCUGGAGGAGCCUUUGGGGAAUGCCCGUCUGCACGGGGCCCGCCUCAUGGCUGCACUGCUGCACACGAACACGCCCAGCAUCAACCAGGAACUCUGCCGGCUCAACACCAUGGGCUUACUGCUGGACCUGUUUUUUAAGUACACCUGGAAUAACUUCCUGCACUUCCAAGUGGAACUAUGCAUAGCCGCUAUUCUCUCCCAUGCUGCCCGCGAGGACAGGGCAGAAGCCAGUGGACUGGAGGGCAGGGUGGAGCUUCUGCCCGGAAGCGGGGACCCAGAGGCCCCCCAGCCUGCUGCCAGCCGCCCUGAGAACACAAUGGUGACCCAUCUGUUCCAGAAGUGCUGCCUGGUCCAGCGGAUCCUGGAGGCCUGGGAAGCCAAUGAUCACGCACAGGCAGCGGGUGGCAUGAGGAGAGGCAACAUGGGCCACCUUACCCGGAUUGCCAAUGCGGUGGUACAGAACCUGGAGAGGGGCCCCAUGCAGACCCACAUCAGCGAAGUCAUCCGAGGGCUCCCUGCGGACUGCCGUGGGCGCUGGGAGAACUUCGUGGAGGAGACACUGGCGGAGACCAACCGCAGGAACGCUGUGGACCUGGUAAGCACCCACCACCUUCACCCCUCGAGUGAGGAUGAGGACAUGGAGGGCGUUUUCCCUAAUGAGCUGUCCCUGCAGCAGGCUUUCUCCGAGUACCAGGUCCAGCAGAUGACAGCCACCUUCGUGGAUCAGUUUGGCUUCAAUGACGAGGAGUUUGCAGACCAGGAUGACAGUGUCAAUGCUCCCUUCGACAGGAUUGCUGAGAUAAACUUCAGCAUCGAUGCUGACGAGGACAGUCCCAGCGCAGCUCUGUUUGAGGCCUGCUGCAGUGACCACAUCCAGCCUUUUGACGAUGAGGAGGAGGAUGACAUCUGGGAGGACAAGGAGACGCACUGCACUGCCCGAGUGACGGCUAGAGCCAGGUUUGGGGGCCCUCACACCUCAGAGAGCUGCUCAAAGAAUGGCCUGGAGCGUGGAGGCCAGGACAGGAAGGAGGGCUUGGAAGCAGACAAGGAUGUGGCUCUGGCAGGUGCCCCUCUGGCCUCAGCCCAGAAAGAAGGUCCUCGCUUGGAGGGUGGCUCAGAAGCAGGCGCCUCGUGGGCAGUAUUUGAGGAGACGGUGAACUCGCCAGUGCCGGUUCCAGGAGUGGCGGUGGAUGUGGGUUCCGGUGUGUGGGCAUCCAGCACCCCCAGCCCUUCGGCUUUGGAGGAAAAAGGCUGGGCCAAGUUCACCGACUUCCAGCCUUUCUGCUGCUCCGAGUCGGGGCCCAGGUGCAGCUCCCCGGUGGACAUGGGCCACGGCGGUGCCCAGGAUAGCCUGACCCAGGGCCCAGAGAGGACCCUAGGCCCAGCUUCCCCAUGUGCCUGGAACGCGUGUGUCACCAGGAAGGCCCCCCCAGUGGUUUCCGACAACACUGAGGACGAGCAGAAGAUGGCAGGUGCCUUGGAGACUGUCAGCAUGGGUCCCAGCCGGGAGACCCCCCUGCUGCCUGCGUCAGUCCCCAGGGCUGAGUGCACCGCCAGCACGCUGUCAGACCCCACCUCCCCUGCACCUGCAGAAGCAACCUUCACCCCAGCUGUGGCUGUCCCCCCUGAGGCUGCUGUGGCAGCCACCACGGCGCCGGGCAAGGCCAGUCCCGCCCCAGCUGCUGCCCUGCCAGUUGCUCCUGUGUUGAGCGGGGCGGUUCCAACAGGGCCCGUAGCGGCCGUCACCACUGCAGCCCCAUCCACUUGCACAGCAGCCAUCCUGGGGACAGCGACAAAAGACAGGAAGAUGGACGCACCACCACCUGCAGGAGCCACCUUGAACGGCCCCGUGUGAUGCUGCUGCUGCCCAGCCGUGGCGCGCCCUUAAUCGAGAAAACUACCUGGUGAUGCAAUUUGUCUUUUUUAAUUUAAUUUAAUUUUAUUUUAAAAUAAAUGCUGCAUUGGUAAAGCUGGCAGUUGGAACCAGUUGGACAGCCCAGCUUGCGUCUCUCCUGCCUGACCCCACGUGGGCCUCGAGUCCAGCGAGUCCAGCUCCGCGCACAGCAAUAAGGCCUCAGAUGUGCGCUCUGCCGGCGGGAGCCAGGGGCCAGAGCCCCAAGACACCGUGAGGACUGAGGGCCACGACGGGCAUGGACGUCACAGGCUCUAAGCCUCAGUUUUUACUGAUUAUUAUUUUUUUUUAACAAACGCAGGAAAGAGCCACGUGUUUGCACUUUUGUGUCCAGCCACAACGAAGGGUCUCCCUGGCUCUGGGGACAAAUGUGGGUCUGGAGCUGGACUGGCCAGACAGGGUCUUAGCUGCCCAGUGGCCCUGGGAGCCGGCCUUGAGCCAGGCUGCAAAGUUUGACUGCCUUAAAAUAAGACCCUCACGGCCUGGUGGGCAGUUGGGGCACCUGGCAGGGGCUGGCCAUGGGCGUGCAGGAUAGGGGCACAGGGGGUGCAGAGACUGGCUUCGGCGAUGCCAGGUGGGGUGGGGGGUGGUGCACCUGUCGGGGAGGGCAGGACCAGGCCAUGCUGUCCUGGAGGGGUCUGCAGGAUUAUUUUAUGUUGAGUCCAUUUUUAAUGUUCUGAUAAUCUGACAGGGCACCCGAGACCCCCAACUCCCAAUAAAAGCUGUGUUAUUAUUCUUACUGA